AAAAACAAUUAAAUAAAACAAUAUUAUAAUAAUAUAAUUAACACUAGCCUCCUUAAUUCACCACCAAUUCCUUUACCAUUUACCAAUGAUGGCUCAACUGGUUUUCUCCAAGAUUCAACCUUUCAUCUCUCUCCCAACAUCAUCACCUUAAAAAAAACAAAACACCAACCCAACAAACAUGAGCGUUCCACCGCCGCCGCUGAUGUGGCCACCCUCUCAUCCACCGUUCACCGUAUCCCAGUGGCAGGAGCUAGAACACCAAGCUCUCAUCUUCAAGUAUCUCAAAGCUGGUGUGUCGGUUCCUCCCGACCUCCUUUUACCUAUUCGGAAAAGUCUUCAAUUGAUGUCUCACCCAUCUCUGGGGUAUUAUGGGAAGAAAAUUGACCCGGAACCAGGUAGGUGUAGAAGAACCGAUGGAAAAAAAUGGAGAUGCUCUAGGGAUGCUCAUCCUGAUUCUAAGUACUGUGACCGUCACAUGAUACGACGUCGUUACCGUUCAAGAAAGCCUGUGGAAUCUUCUUCUUCUUCUUCUCAAUCUCAAUCUUCAUCUUCACUUUCUUCUACUUCACAACAACUUGCUCCUUCUAUUGGAGUUGCUACUACUGCUACUACUACUGUUUCUGCCACUGAUACUUCAACUUUCCAUACACUUCCUUUGCAUACUAAUGGUACUCGUGAAAGUUUGGGUUUCACUCUUGGGAACACCAUGCCCCACAUGGACCCUAUGCUUCUUCCUCUUCAGGGUUCUAAGAAACCUUAUAGGUUUGGACUGAACUCGGAAGCAGAGGAGCACAACCUCUUACAGAAAGAUCUCGGAACUGUCAAGUAUCAAGGCUACGACUUUACAUCAGAUGGCAUGUGGUAUAACAACAUGUCUCAGAUACCAUCCAACACAGUAUCCGAGUCAAGGAGCAAUUCCAGCAUGGUUAACAACAGUAACUACUUCCAACAGCAGCGAACAACACGAGAGCCCGAGCUGAUGUUUAGCCUCGACGCUGCAAGGUCCAAGGAAAUCGUCUUUAAUGGCCAGUUAGGUAGUAUGAAACAGGACUAUCAAUCAUCUCCUCAGUCUCUCUUCAACGACUGGCAGUGGAAGAAAGAUUUAGCCUCGUCUACCAUGGAGUAUAGACCAAGCAAGGAUUUUAACACCAACCCGGAUAUCAAUGCCGAUUAAAAUGCUACUCUAUGAACUGUUUUAUUCUAUCAAGUGUCAGAAUCAUGGUUUAAUUUUUAAGCUUCAAUGUUGCUGUUCUCUAUGUAUAAUUGAAGGAGUUAUUAUGCUUUAUUUACACACGUAAACUUUGUAAUAUUUGACUGUUGUUUCUGUUGCAUUUAGUUUGAAUAUUUGGUGUUGUAUUGAGUAUUCUUACUUAAAUAUGAUGGUUAAUUAUUGCAUGAA